ACCUCAGAAAACCGUCAUUUUCCUUGCGUUCUAUCUUUCCUCGGUUUCUUGGGAUUCAUCCUUCGUUUCUCUUUACUAGACCUUCAAUUUUGAAGACAGUACUGUCUCUUGAAUACGCAUUAUAAUACAGUUCAUAUAUACACAUACAUCGUUUUCCAAUCUGUCACCAUGUCCUUGACUUACUCGGAUAACCUCGCCCCCCAACCCUGGACUGAUAUCUUCACCGAUGACACUUGCAUUGAUAGGCGCAAGUGCCACCGCACAGUGCCUAUGAAAGUGCUGGCACUCGGUGUUGGAAGAACAGGCACAGCGUCUCUUCGCAAAGCGUUGGAGCGCAUUGGAUAUCUGAAGUGCUACCAUAUGAUGUCUGCCAGUGUCGAGAACCCACCUGACUGCCUGAUGUGGCACGAUGCUCUCCUCGCUAAGUACGAUGGCGUGGGUGAGUUUGGAAGGAAGGAGUGGGAUCAGUUGUUGGGAGAGUGCCAGGCUGUCUGUGACUGGCCCGCCUGUGCUUUUGCCAAAGAAUUAAUUGAAGCCUAUCCUAACGCUAAGGUUAUCCUGACUACUCGUGACGUGGACUCGUGGCAUGCAUCUGUUAUGAAGACUGUGUGGUGGCGUGUGAGCGAUCCUGAGCACAGCUUUGUUUCGAACUUCAGCUGGGCUGCGGGCAUGUACUACCCUAUGUUGAACAAAUUCUUCCAGACUUUCUUCCGUGGUGACUUCCCCAACAAGGGCAAGCAGGUGUACGAGGAUCACGUUGCAGAAGUCCGCAGUCUGGUCCCACCCGAGCGCCUGCUGGAGUACAAGAUCAGCGAUGGCUGGGGCCCUCUGUGCGAAUUCUUGGGAGAAGAGGUCCCUGACACCCCAUUCCCUCGUGGAAACGACAUGGCCGACUUUUUCCAGCGCUGCCGUACCCGCAACAGGCACCAGAUGAUGAACGCUGCCCUUCAAGCUUUCACCAUGGGUGGAGCGCUAGUGGCGACCGGAUUGGCCGCGACUAUGGCUUUCAAGCGCUUCUGUCGGUAAAACGGUGAAAUAGUACCCUUUUCUUUUUACCCUUUUGUUUCUUUUUUUUGGGUGUUAUGGUAUGCGCUGGGCGCAAGUCAUGGUUUUUCUUUCUAGUUCAUAAAAUAUGCCCUAUGUUCGUUGUUCUUGGCUAGCGUCUAUUUAUUUUGAACACUGUACAUAAUAUCCAACCAAAUUAUUCCAUUGACCACCGUGUCGACUUGCUCCUUGAACGUUAGUGGCUUGAUAUUUGAAGGGAGCGACAUCUUGGCAAUCGGCCUCAGGGGUAAACUGGCCGUGAGGGCUCGAAUGAGACCACCCUCAUCUCGUUAAAAAUCCUCAUAGCCUGAGACAACAGAAUCAGGUUGAUGGUUUUUUUUUAAAAAAAAAAAACCUCAGGAAUAUGCAGUGGCGCACGGGAAGUCAUGCAGUGCAAAUUUU